AUGUUUCAUAUUUACCUUAACGAGUCACCAAAAUUUUGGCUCACCCAAAUAAAUUAUAUACGAAAUUUAACUCGAAUAAAUGAAGAAAUAAAAAAAAAAAACAAAUAUAUUUUUCAUUACAAUAAAUGUAGAAAUAUAACACAUAGUAAUUAUAUCAAAAAUGAAAUAAUAGAUCAAGAGCCAAAUGAUAAAAUAAAAAAACAGUGUCCACCAUGUUUUAUUUUUCGAAAGUUUGAAUAUACUUGUGAAGGUAAACAUAUAAAAAUAUGGAAAAAAGAAGCAAAAAAAAAUAAUAUUAAUACAAGUUCAAGAAGAAAUUUAUAUCAAUUAGGUUCAAAAAGUAAGAAAGGGACAUCGACAAGGAGUAAUGACGAGUUAGGUGGACCUACCAAUAGUGAUAAUCCCUAUGUAGAUAGUAUAAAAUAUGAAGAUAAUGGAAAUAUAUUUCAGUUAUCCUCGAUUUUACGAAGAAACAAAGAUAGGAGACUAAACAAUAUAGCAAAGGUUAAAUUGAAAGAUGGAAAAAAUAAAGAAAAAUAUUAUAACGAUAUUGGUGAUAUAGAAAAAGAAUGUAGUAAAGAUGGAGUUAAAUUUUUAAAUGUUUUAUAUAGACUUAUAAAAAUGUCAAAAAAAAAAAAAAAUUUUAUAAAUGAAAAUAUAGAAAAUGGGUUAAAUAGAAGAAUGUUAUAUUUUAUAAAAAAUGAAAAAGAUAUGAGAAUAAUAUUUUUAUUAUUACACACGGUUAAUAAGUUAGUGUGUAUAAAUAAUUUAAUAAAAAAUAAUUUAAAUGAUGAUAUAUAUAAAAUAACAGACUCCGAAUUAUUAUCAAUAGUACUUCGAAUAUUAGUAAAUUCUUUUUAUCAAGACACAAAAAUGCUAUUUCAUAUUAUGAAAAAAUUAAAGGAAGAUAUUAUACUAGGUACAUGUACUACCUUAACUAUUAGUAACACUUUUUAUUCUUCCUCAAUAUUAUAUAAAAGAAAUAUAAUUGAAUUUGAAAAUAUGCCUUUACAAGAGGUUACACAAGUUAUUUUAAAUUAUUAUACCUGUUUUUCUAACAUAGAACUAUGCGAAAUUUUAGAAUGCUUUGGAAUUAUUUUGGCAUCUAAAAAAAUAAAGGAAAUAAAUUAUGAGCAACAGACCGACGACAAUGUUGUAUCAAAUAAAACAAGAGAAACUAUUAAAGAGGAUAAAAGUUUUUAUAAAAAUUAUAGUAAACUAUUUUUUAAUGUAGGAAAUUAUUUUAUAAAUAAUAAUAUAAAAAAAAGUUUUAAUUUUCAUAAUUUAAUAAAAUUAAUAUAUUCUUAUGCUAAGUGUAAAAUAUACCAUGAGAAGUUAUUUCUUUAUUUAUAUCCGACUUUUUUGAAAAAUAUAAAACAUUAUAAUGAGGAUAUUAUGAGAAGAAAGGUUUUUGAAAGUUACAAAAUGAGUGUAGAUAGUGACAGAAGUUUGGAUAGUGACCGAAAUUUGGAUAGUGAAAAAAGUGACAACUUUGCAUCGCUCGACCUUUUAAUAAACAACAAUGAGCAGCAUGAAAUAAUAUUGAAUAUGACAAAAAGUGUAACUAAUAUUUUAUAUUCAUAUAGCAAAUUUAAUAUGCAUAUUGAUGAAUUAAAUAAUGAAAUAUUAUUAUUUUUACAACAUAUGUAUAGUUAUAUGGAUUAUACAGACUUAGCUCAAUGUUUAAUCUCUUUGACAAAAAUAAAUUGUAAUAUAAAUAUAUUAUUAUCAAAAGUGGAUUAUACCCAUUUUAAUAUUAAUUCAAAUUAUGUUUACCUUUUUAAAAAUUGUACAUCCAUAGAUUUAAUGAACUAUUUAUUAUGUUUUAGUAGAAAUUUAUAUAUGAAAAAAGAUGUCUAUAAUAUAUUAGCAGAAUUAUUUAUUAAUAGUAAUAAAAUAUAUAUAUUGGAACCUACUGAUUUAAUUAAUAUAAUAUAUGCAUAUAGUAAAAUAUAUUAUAUUCAUAAUAGAUUAUUUACAAUAGUUGAUAAUAUUUUAAUUUCAAGACUUGAUAGAAAUCAAAAUUAUUUAUCUCCUCAACUUGCAAUUAAAUAUAUAAAUUCCUGUGCAAAAAUAUCUUAUAAAAAUGAUAAUAUUAUUUAUAAAAUUGUAGAAAUUGCACAUAAAAAUAAUUUUCAAAAUAUUCAAAUUUUUGAUUUAUUCAAACUUUUAUCAAGUUCAAAAAAACUUAAUUUAAAUUUUAAAACAUUAGAAAACCAUAUACAAAUGAUAUCCCCAAAUUUUACUCUAGAUUCAGCAACUUAUAAAAACUUUUAUUACAAAGCCUCAAAAGAUAUUCAUGUUCGAAAAAAAAAAUGGAUAUGGUAG